CUACUGUUAAUGGCCUUCCCACUUCAAUCACUGAAAGCUUUAGCUCUGUUUUCGGAGCUAACCAUGCAUAUUUACUGUCCUCUGAGGAACCAUUCUGUAGUGUCUGACGAAGAGUGCUAGCAAAAGGAAAAGACAGAGACUCUGCGUUCCUGUAUGAUUUACUGCUGUUGCUUACUGAGCUAUAAGCCUGCAAGGGUGAAUUUGUAAUGCCAUUCUGUGCCAACAGAGGACAAAAGGAAAAGGUUUUGAAACCAGUGUGAAGAGAUUCCCGACUCAGCUUCAUUCCCGUGUGCAUCAUUAGCACACAUACUGAAAACUUCAACAUCAGAGAACAAGUGAUCACUCAGCUAAUGCAACAGUUGUCUCCUACCCAUUAGUAGAAUAAAGAAGCCAGUAUCUGUGUGACUGCUCAUUACUGCUGCAUGAUUUAGCAAAGAGGAACAAGAAAACUCUAUGGCCAGAUUGAAAGUUGGCCCCGAGUGGUGCAGAUCGGAUCGAUCAUGAGCGAGCGGCAGACCAACGUGAACAGCCUGUUCCUGAACGAAGAGUCGGGCAAGCGGAGUGCGGCGGACAGCCGAGUGCAGCGCUUGCAGAAGGCGGUGAGGAGCCGAGCUGGGAGGGCGAAGAAGAGCUUGAGUAACAUCACCCGCCAAAGCGUGCUGAGCUUUGUCAAGAAAAAUGCCUUUGUCCUUUUAACUAUCUUUGCGGUCAUUCUGGGUAUAAUUCUGGGUUUUACCCUCCGGCCCUAUAAGCUGUCUUACCGUGAGAUUAAGUAUUUCUCUUUCCCGGGUGAGUUGCUGAUGAGAAUGCUACAGAUGCUGGUGUUGCCACUCAUUGUUUCCAGUCUGGUUUCAGGAAUGGCAGCUCUGGACAGCAAAGCAUCUGGUAAAAUGGGAAUCCGAGCUGUCGUUUUCUACAUGGUAACUACUAUCAUCGCUGUCUUUAUUGGAAUUGUCAUGGUAAUGAUCAUCCACCCUGGCAAAGGAUCAAAAGUUGACCUACAUCGGGAAGGAAAGAUUGAGAAGGUGCAGGCAGCAGAUGCUUUCAUGGACCUAAUCAGGAAUAUGUUCCCACCCAAUCUAGUUGAGGCUUGUUUCAAACAGUACAAGACAAAUUAUGGCACACGAAAAAUCUUGAGACCUACAUUAUCAUCUAUCAAUUUUACAACCACCACUGAACCACCCAUGAUAGAAAACAUCACUGCAGCAUUCAAAAAUUUGCAGGAUUUAAUGUUUGUUGAGGAGGUUAUUCCAGUUGCUGGUUCGUCCAAUGCAGUGAAUGCGUUGGGUCUCGUUGUCUUCUCCAUUGCUUUUGGUCUGGUAAUCGGCAAUAUGAAACAGCAAGGCCAGGCACUGAAGGAGUUUUUUGACUGCCUGAAUGAAGCCAUCAUGAGACUGGUUGCAAUUAUAAUCUGGUACGCUCCCAUAGGUAUCCUCUUCCUGAUUGCAGGCAAAAUCAUGGAAAUGAAAGACCUUACUGUGAUGGGCGGACAACUGGGAAUGUACACUGUGACAGUGAUAAUUGGCCUACUAAUUCACGCACUCGUUGUCCUGCCACUUCUUUAUUUCAUUGUCACCCACAAGAACCCUUGGGUUUUUAUUGGUGGGUUAUUGCAAGCAUUGAUCACUGCCCUUGGCACUUCAUCCAGCUCAGCAACUCUCCCAAUCACCUUUAAGUGUUUGGAAGAAAAUAAUGGUGUAGACAAGCAUGUUACUCGCUUUGUCCUUCCUGUUGGAGCUACUAUUAACAUGGACGGCACAGCACUGUACGAGGCUCUGGCUGCCAUUUUUAUUGCACAAGUCAACAAUUAUGACCUAAACUUCGGACAAAUCAUCACAAUCAGUAUUACUGCAACAGCAGCUAGCAUUGGAGCUGCAGGAAUACCACAGGCUGGCCUUGUUACCAUGGUGAUAGUGUUAACAUCCGUUGGACUUCCCACAGAGGACAUCACCCUGAUCAUCGCAGUGGACUGGUUUCUGGAUCGCUUACGAACUACCACGAAUGUACUCGGCGACUCAUUGGGAGCAGGCAUUGUGGAGCACCUGUCAAGGCAUGAACUGCACUCACCAGAUGCAGAAGUUGGAAAUUCUGUCAUCGAAGAAAAUGAGAAACCUUAUCAGCUCAUCUGCCAAGAGCAUGAAAACCAGAAGCAUUUGGAUAGCGAGACCAUGAUGUGACCCUGAGACUAAGACAGGCUUAGUACUGUAGAGAUAAACACAUACCACCAUGUAAAUUGUGUGUCUGUGCAUUUCUAACCAAACUAGUCAACAAAGGAAUGUCUAAAAUAGCCUAAUUAUUCAGCAAGAAACUCUCAAUGUAGGAGCAGACCUGUAUGCAUGUGUAUGCAUGUGUGUGUACAUAUGAGUGUAUUCAUGUACAUAUGGAUGUGCAUGUUUGUGUGAAUUUUCAUGAAUGAAUGUCUCCACCUGUGUUUGUAUGCAUUUCUGUAUAGGUGCACAUGAUUAUGAUUAUAGACACACAUGCGCACAAAUAAAUAUACACAGAUAUAUACAGAAGCACUCACCCUCUCACUUAUACCCAUUCGUACAUAUGCAUGCACACACAUACAUACAUAUACACACACACACACACACACACACACACACACAUACGUGCACACACAGACACACACAUAGAGUCUGUCUCUGACAGUAUAUAAACAUAAAUGCACACACAUCAGUUUGAGUUUGGAAAGUUGUGUCCUCAUGUGUGACAGUAUUUAUACAUAUUCAUGUGUACAGGUCUCUACAUGUGUGUGCCUUUGUACAUGCACGUAUGUGGCAUCGUCCUUAACUGGAAUUGGUUGCCUUUUAAACCAGGUGGAUGCCUCAAUAGCACUUUCCUAACUGGGACGUGAUUUCUGCUGUGUGCAGGGUGCAGUGAAAUAGUAAAAAUAUCUAAUUUUGCUAUACUCGACACAUAAGAAAUCUCCCACUGUCAGAAACAGAUUAACAUUCAUUAAAAAUACUUGACAAAGAACAAAAAAUAUCAAAGGGACAGAGAAAGUGCAGGGAAAUGGGAUAGUAGUAGGUAGAUCUGAUAUGGAGCAUCAACAAAAAAAGUGCUGAAAAGUCUCCAUCUGUUCUGAGAUUUCCACGGUACUAAUGUGACAUACUCCUGUGUCAAACUGGUUACAUUUUGCAGAGUUUUGAUGUCUUGGCAGACAUCUAACAAGGGGCUGAUUUUCUUUAUCUGAUGCAAGUCAUGCCGAAAAGGUUAAGAUGUGGUGCUAGAUCCAUUUAAGUGUUGGGACCGAUUUUGUGCUAAAGUGUAAAACUGAUGAUGGUAAACUGGCAACAAUAUUUUAUAUCUAUUCCAAUUUUUGUCUCCAUUGAAGCCCAAAAGGAUCCCGAUUAUCCAUUUACAAUGGGUGUUAAUUUCUUCCAUUUUAGACACAGUGUAGGAGAACUAAAGGGACACACGAGGCCUUGGAUCAGCAGUACUGCACAUUAAUGUCAAACUCCUACAGUUUUCUUAUUGGGCCGAGGGUAGGGAGGGGUGAUGGAUUCCACUAUGUUGAAAGUGUGGCUAACUGGAAAUGACUGAGGAAAAUCUUCCCACAAGUCUCUGUAUUUCAAACAAACUCAGAGACUCAACAGGUCUGACAGCAUCUGUAGAGAGAGAAACAGGGUUAAUAUUUGGAAUCUGGUAUGACACUUCUUCUCUCCCACAUCAUCCUAUCCCAUUUCUGAUACUCUUCAGCUGAUCCGGCCUGAAAGCAGGAGGUCUACAGCGUCUCCUCUUUCACAAAACUGCUCUGUCCCAAUUAUUGUUAUUUACCAUCAUGAGACCAGAGAAGUAAAGUAUAACUAAAUGGCACAUUAAAGUAGUUAUUGUAGCAGACACACCCUAAUUCAUUAAUCUGCCAGGGUGAUGCGGACACGUAAUCUUAGGAAAGCUCUAAUAGUAAUGUUAAAGUAGAUCCUUUGAGGAGCUCCAGCUGCACUGAAUCAAUUAGACCAAGUGAACUAUGUGCACACUUGUAGAUUCAGAAGAGGUAGAAAACCUUCAGACAUUCUAAAAAUAAUGUUUCCCAACCUUCCAAUGUUCUCAUUGUCAGAUGAUGUAAAAUGUACAAUAUCUGUGAUGUACUUCUAAUCUCUAAAUGAUAUGUGGCGUAAGAUCAGAAACAUGUACUCAGUCCAAACAAGACAUUGUACUUCCAUAUCACUGACUCACUUCUGAGUAAAGUCUCCACUGUUCCUCCAUCUCACUGAGUUUGGGUGUGCAUCUUGCUACAUUUAAAUAUAUAAAGCUCCCCCAAAGAAUGUGUUUUCUAGAAUUCUCAGAUUUAUCCUGUCUUCUAUAGUGUUGUUUGUAGCACUCAGUCAUUUUCAACUGGCAUUUCGGCUGGUAGCAAAUUUCAAAACCAUUGAGACGUGGGAAGACCCUAGCACAAGAAUAAUUACCACCAUUUGCUGUGUUUCUUUCUCGAUGUUAUAAUUCUACAGGGAAAGUUAAUGCAACAUUUUAUACAAAGCAGCCUGUGCUUUGUAUGUUUUAAAUUGUUAUUCACCAUAUGUUUUUGAUACCAGUCUGAAGGCUAGUUCUGAGUAUGAUAUAUUCUUCUGGGUGGCUACAAAAGUCAACUCUGUCUGGAUGUUGCAGAAUACUACCUGCAAUUUGUGAACUUUUUGUGGCAAAUUGGCAGUAUUCAUGCUCGGCAUGCUAUGAAAUGGAAAACAGCUUUGGGGUUUAGCUUAAGCACAAAUAAACACAGAAGCAUUAA